AUGAGGGUGCGCUGCGCCGUUGACGAGAGAAUGGUGAGGAAAGCAGCAGUGUAUCCCUCUGGCUGUGACCGCCAUGCUCUCCGUCAUUCUCUACCCCAUGAUGGGCAUCAUGGAAUCAGGCAACGUAUUUCUAACCACGUACUGCAUACACACAUUGUUUGUAUCCAGUACCUGAAAGAUUCCAACAUGCCCUUUGUUGGUGGGCUGCUGGUGGCCAUCGCUGUCGAGCACUGGAACCUGCACAGGACGAUCGCCCUUCAAGUUCUGCUUAUUGUGGGGGUCAAGCCAUCUCUCCUGAUGCUCGGUUUCAUGAGCACCACGGCCUUCCUGUGUAUGUGGAUCAGUAACACGGCCUCCACAGCCAUGAUGCUGCCCAUCGCCAAUGCUGUGCUGCAGCAGCUGUGUGAGACAGAGGCCGAGCUGAAGAGAGGGAUUAUAGCCUUAGCACCACACACCCCACAGGAGGGUCAGGAAAACCAGGCAUUUGAGAUGGGUGACAACAAAGAAAGCAGUGACAGGGAGCUCAAACCAAAGGACAGCAGCAUCAACAUGGACAAAGAUGAUGAGAGCAAAGAUAUGAAGGAAAAUUAUGUUACUUCAAGUGUGAGUACUGUCCCUCCAGAGGUUUGUGACAGGAGUCCAGAGGCCGAGCAGCGCCGACUGAAGAGGGAGGAGAAGUAUAUGAAGCUGACGAAAGGCAUGAGCCUGAGUGUUUGUUACGCUGCCAACUGGCAACUCCCACUGGAACCACACCCAAUGGUAUGUCACAGAUGGCACCGUGGCCAUAUUAAUGUCAACCCUCUUCUUCUGCAUCCUGUCCAAUUUGCCGAGAUGCUGCGAGGAAGUCCAAGGAAGGCCACCGCCAUCAAGAUACAGCCGCUGUACGUCAUGCUCCCCUGCACCAUCUCUUCCUCGCUGGUUUUCAUGCAGCCUGUAGCCAUUCCACCCAACGCCAUCGCCUUCUCCUAUGGCAACCUUAAAGUCAUGGACAUGGCCAAAGCUGGAUUCAUUCUGAACUUGCUUGAAGUCAUAACCAUCAACAUUGCCAUUAACACGUGGGGCGUGGCCAUGUUCCAGCUGAAUACCUUUCCCAGUUGGGUUAAUGUUACCAAAACCCUUUGAAUAUGAACUGAAAGAAAAUGGAAACAGGGGAGAAUCUGGGGGAGAUUAACAAUAUCUGCUUAUUUAUCAGGAUUCCACCAGUGGAGGACUGGGCUGGCAGGCGAUUAAGUAUUUUAAAUCUCCCCCGAAUACUCCAGCAAGUACAGCCUGAUGUGCAGCGAGGCCCGUCCUUGAGUGCUGACACAGCUUUCGAUAUCAUUGAACAUGCUGACUGGAAACACUUGGGCACCUUUUGUUGAGGGGUUUGAGUGAUCUGAGUUCAGUUCAUUAAGAUAAAUCAUCUUCUGGACAGUCAAGCACAUCAGAGCUUAAUGCUUUUAGAGUCAACGGUAUCAUUUAUUUCUAAGAUUAACAGUUUUCACCUACAAGAAAUGUUAUUUUAAAACAAGUGUUUAUUUGAGCAUUUUCCAGUCUGGGUUUCAGUGAGAAGUAUAUUGUGGCAAAACUUUGAUACUGUGAGUUCUUAUUGCGUCUGUAAUAAACAGUGUUAUGGUAUCCUAAUGUAAUAAACUAAAGUUUAACAGACAUUGAAAAACAAUAAAAUUAUUUUGUUUGAUGUAUCAUCAUAUACUAAUUAAUUACCAGAGGUGGGACCAAGUCAUCAUUUUGCAUCAAGUCACAAGUAAGUCUCAAAUCUUUCCACUCAAGUACAAAAUUUUCAGUUUUAAGUGCUAAACAAGUCAUAAUGUGCUCCUCGACAAAUGUAAUGGCAUUUUAACAACAGAAUGAACAAAACAAAAUUGUCUAUGGUAUAACUUUUUCUAACUGGCGCUCAGUAACGUAACAUUAGUUCUUCACGGUUCUCUGCUGCAACCUGAUUGGUUCAAACAAAGGAGAUCUGGGGAAUUAAAUAUCGACUUGCUGGGAAUGAAUAGUGUUACUUGAUUCAGGAAAUGAAUUGAUUUGUGGAACACUUUUUAAAUGACAUACUUUUAAAUGUUUGGGUUUUGUUGAAGUCUUUAAGUGUUACUGAUAUUAAAAUCCAAGUUGAGUCUUUUUUGAUUUUGUCGAGUUGAAAGUUAUCAAAUUUGUGACU